AUGUCAUUUCAAUGGGUUAAAAUAUUAACACAUCUUUGUUUUUCAAAUGAAUAUCAUAUUAAAGAGUUAACCGCAAGAAUAUUGAAAAAUGAUUUAAAUGAAACAACAUCAUUUUCAUUAGCAGCACGUACUUCUACUGAAAGAAAAGUUUUAAUUUGGUUCAUAGAUUUAGAUUAUCAUCAUAUGAAAGUAAAAAUUAAAGAAAGGGAUAUUACAAUUAAUCAUGAUAUUGAUUAUUUUCAUUUCUUAAUUAGUAAUUCAUUUUUAGCUUGUAUAUCAAUGUAUGGUUUAAUUACAAUCGUUGAUUUAGCUGAUCAAAUUAAUUUAGUUUCAAAUAAUAAUCAAAUUAAUCAAAAUAAUCAAAUUAACCAAAAUAAUCAAAAUAAUCAAAAUAAUCAAAAUAAUCAAAAUAAUAAUUUUAAAGUAAUAAUAUUGGAGGAUAGAGUUUCGGGAAUAGCAAAUUCAAAUGAAAGUUCAUUAUUUAUUGCAUGUUCAAAUAGUAAAGUGUAUGAACUAAAACAAAAUAUAAAAAGAAAUUGGGAAUGGUCAAUAGAUGAAAUUUAUAAACUAUAUGAUCCUGAAUUUUUUCAUAAUACAUUUGGUUUCUCUUUAACAAAUAAUAAUAAUAACAUAACCAACAACAACACAAAUAUUAAUAAUAAUAAUAACCCAAAUUCAAUAUAUGGAAAUGAAAAUAAUAAUAAUAAUAAUAAUCAACAAAAUAUAAUAAAUGAAAUUAUAAAUAAAAGAAGAAUAAGGAAUAAUAAUAAUUGUUCACCCUUAGUAACAUGUUUAAAUUCAUCAAUAAUUACAAAUGGUGGUAGAUUAAAAUCAGUAUUAGUAUUGGGUACUGAUGAUGGUGUAGUUCAUUUCCUUUAUAAAAGUGUACGUGAUAAUAUGGAUAGAUUUUAUUUUGCUUCAACCUAUACAUUAUGUAAUGAAGGUGAUGAUCCAAUUUCAAAAGUACUCAUUAGUGGUGGUGAAGAAGGUGUAUUUAUUAAUGCAAUCUCUACAAGUGGUAUUUCAAAGAGUUGGCAUUUCAUUUUUAAUAAACAACAACAAAGAGUAACUGGAAAUAGUGUUUACACUGGUUCAAGUACAAAAUGUAUUGGUUGUAUUUCUUUAUCUUCAAUAUCAAAUUCAAAUAAUCUUUUUAAUAAUAACGAUAAUAAUGAUGAUAAUAGUUUUUCAAUAAAUGAUAUUAUUAAUAAUAAUAAUAAUUAUUUUAAUAUUUUUAAAUUUAAAAAUCAAAAAGAUUUACAUUUUACAUCAAAUUCAAAUAACCAAAAAGAAAAUAAUCAAUAUAAUUUAGAUGGAAAUUUUAAAUUCUCAUCAUAUAAUCAAAUUAAAGUUGUUAUUGAUCAAUCUAAUAAUCUAUUGGUAUUCGCUGGUAGUCAUAGAAAUGCAAUAUGUGCUCUUGACUAUGAAUUACCAUCAACACCAAUUUUAAUAAUUCCAUUAAUGGAUAAAACAAAGGUACAAAGAAUACUUAUUUCAACAUUUGGUGGUUGUGAACCAACAAUUCAUGAUCAAUCAUUUCAAUUAUUAACAUUUCAUCAAUCUAAUCAAAUUUAUUCAUGGAGUUUAAAAGAAAUUAAUCAUUAUUUCAUCUCAACAACUGAAACAAUUUUAAAUAAUGAUAACUUUUUAAAUAAUAUAAAUAAUAUUAAUAAUAAUAAUAAUAAUAAUAAUAUAAAUAAUAAUAAUAAUACAAUUGUUAAAAAAAGGAGUGGAAGUAGUCCGUUAAUAUCUGCUUUAAAUAAUAGUAUUUUAAAUAGUAAUAAUAAUAAUAAUAAUGAUAAUAAUCCAAUAAAUAAUUAUGAUCAUUAA